GCGACAGGAGGACGCGCCGAGCGCCGGGUUUCGCCCGGGGCGGGCGGUAGAGACAGCGUGUCGCCGCUUUUGACGCUGGGAGUAGUGCACAGCCCCUUCCCCAGUCUCCGGCCCGGUUUCUGCGAUCUCCAUAGCAGCCUCUGAGGCCGCCCCCAGAGAGCGUCGGGAUGGCGGAGGAAAAAAAUGAAAAGCUAGUGAUGGAAGAAACUGCAUUUGAAGAAAUUGAAAAGGAUUUUCAUGAGGUUCUCAGUGAACUAUCAGGAGACAAAAGUCUGGAAAAAUUUAGGGUUGAAUAUGAGAAGCUUCAUGCCAUCAUGAAAAAGUCUUAUGACAAUGAAAAGCGUCUGAUGGCCAAAUGCAGAGAGCUAAAUGCAGAGAUCGUGGUCAAUUCCGCGAAGGUCGCCACUGCCCUGAAGCUCUCUCAGGAUGAUCAGACAACCAUCGCAUCCCUGAAGAAGGAAAUUGAAAAGGCCUGGAAGAUGGUGGACGCAGCCUAUGAUAAGGAGCAGAAGGCGAAGGAGACGAUUCUUGCCCUGAAAGAGGAAAUAGUGAACCUGACCAAGCUAGUCGAGCAGGGGUCUGGACUGUCACUGGACCAGGAUAGCAAUAUCCGAGAUUUACUGAAGUACAAAGAUGAAGUGACAAAAGAGAGAGACCAGCUCUUGUCAGAAGUGGUGAAAUUACGAGAGGCCUUAGCUCAGAUCACAGAACAGCAGCAAGAAACGGAGCGAUUAAAAGAAGAGGCUGAGCAGACCAUAAGUCAGUAUGAACAAGAAAUCCAGCAACGUCAGAAUGAAGCUUCGCGGGAGUCUCGGAAGAAGGAAAAGAUAGAGAAAGAGCUCAAACAGAUUCAGGUGGACAUGGACAGCAAGCAGGCAGAGAUGAAGGCCCUGCAGCAGUACAUGCACAAGAGCAAGGAGGAGCUUCAGAGGCUGGAGCAGCAGCUGAAGGAGCAGAAGAUACUGAAUGAGAGAGCUGCAAAGGAACUCGAGCAGUUUCAGAUGAGAAAUUUUAAACUUCAGCAAGAAAACGAACAACACAGUUUGGUUUGUGAGCAACUAAGCCAGGAAAACCAGCAGAAGGCGUUGGAGCUCAAAGCCAAAGAGGAAGAAGUCCAUCAGAUGCGCCUUGACAUUGGGAAGCUCAACAAAAUCAGAGAACAAAUCCAUAGAAAACUGCACCAGAUUGAAGAUCAAAAGGCAGACGUCGAACAGCAAAAGGAAACCCUAAAAAAUCAGAUCUUGGGACUAGAGCGAGAGGUGGAGGCUUCCAAAAAACAAGCAGAACUUGAUAAGAAAGCAAUGGAUGAGCUUCUGCGAGAAAGGGACAUACUAAACAAGAAUAUGCUUAAGGCGAUCAACGCGACCCAGAAGCAGAUAGACCUGGUAAAGCUCCACGAACAAGCCAAGAGGAGCUUGGAGGAGGAAAUCCAGAACUACAGGGAAGAGGCUCAGAAGCAGAGAAAGAUCAUCUUUCAACUGGAAAAGGAGCGCGAUCGGUACAUCAACGAAGCCAGUGACCUGACCCAAAAGGUCCUUAUGAACAUGGAAGAAAUAAAAAUGCGUGAAAUGCAGAUUUUUGACUACAGGAAAAAAAUAGCUGAAUCGGAGACCAAAUUAAAACAGCAACAGAACCUGUAUGAAGCUGUGAGGUCAGACAGGAAUCUUUACAGCAAAAAUCUGGUUGAGGCUCAGGACGAAAUAACAGAAAUGAAGAGAAAGUUAAAGAUUAUGACCCAUCAGGUUGAUCAACUGAAAGAGGAAAUCUCUGCCAAAGAGGCAGCACUUGUGAAGCUGCAUCUGGAACAGCAGCGAAUAGAAAAGGAAAAGGAAACAUUGAAGGCUGAGCUGCAGAAGCUGAGACAACAAGCCCUGGAGACCAAACACUUCAUUGAAAAGCAAGAAGCUGAAGAGAGAAAACUCCUGCGGAUCAUUGCCGAGGCCGAUGGGGAGAGGUUGAGACAGAAGAAGGAAUUAGACCAGGUCAUCAGCGAGAGAGAUAUUUUGGGGUCUCAGCUUGUUCGCCGCAAUGAUGAGUUAGCGUUGCUCUACGAGAAGAUCAAGAUCCAGCAGUCAGUGCUGAAUAAAGGCGAGAGCCAGUACAACCAGAGGGUGGAGGACAUGAGGAUCCUCAAACUUGAGAUCAAGAAGCUUCGGCGGGAGAAGGGGAUUCUUGCCAGGAGUGUGGCUAAUGUCGAGGAACUCAGGCAGGAGCUUUUUCACAUGCAAAGAGAAUUCUUGAAGGAGAGGACACGAUGCCGAGCCCUGGAGGAGGAACUGGAGAACCCCUUGAAUGUGCACAGAUGGAGGAAGCUCGAGGCCAGCGACCCUAGUACCUUUGAGCUGAUUCAGAAAAUUCACACCCUGCAGAAGCGUCUCAUCAGCAAGACUGAAGAGGUGGUUGAAAAAGAGCUGCUCCUUCAGGAAAAGGAGAAGCUCUACGUGGAGCUAAAGCACAUCUUGGCCCGGCAGCCAGGGCCUGAGGCUGCGGAACAGCUGCAGAUCUACCGCCACACGCUGCGGGAGAAGACCAAGCAGCUUAAGGUUUUGUCUUCGGAAUUGAAUAUGUAUGAAUCGCAGAGCCAAGAAUACAAGUAUGAGAUUGAGAAACUUACCAAUGAACUGCUGAAUUUAAAGAAGAAAUAUCUUGCUCAGAAACGUAAAGAACAGAUUCAGAAAAACAAGGACAGAAUCCCCAUGGAGAACACCUACGCAAUGGCCAAACAAAGUGUCACUCGUUUUACAGGUGGCGGAUUCCCUCUCAAAUCAUCAAAGGUGAACACCUAACUCAAAAUUGGGGUCCAGUUGAACAGCUCCUGAAAUUUGCUUUGGAACAUUUUGGAGGAAUCUCAAAUCCCUUGGAUCAUAGAGUCAGGUGCUCAGAUUCCAGGAUGG